ACGCCAAAAACUAAUUCAAUAACAAUGUUUUUAAAUAUUUUAUUAGAUCGCUGAGUGGAGCGCAACACUCUGCUUUCUUUGUGUUUAUUUUGUGUCUCUGGCGAUCUCCGUGUAUAACUGUAUCUGAAGUCUAUGAAUGUUUGAUGUACCGUGUCAGAUUUUGUUUUCAUGUGUAACGCUAACACCUUUACAUUUUUAGUAUAAAAUUAAUUUCUGCAGGAUUUGAAUUAAAAUAAAGCUAUAGGUUUAAAUCAAAACAAAAUAGUUUACAUAUCCUUUGAAGCUUGACCUAAAUGUGAUUGACACUAGUCAGCUGUUUGACAUCAGGCGAAUGACGAGCGUACAACAAUAAAAUAGUAUAACGUAGUGUCGCAUUUCAUCUAGCAACUGUUCCUGUAAACAUGAGUUGUGUGUGGUAUUGCUAUGGUAGAGUAUCGUAACAGAAACCAUAUAAUCAACAAUGCCCCCGCUGAAGAGCAGUAAACCGAAUGAUUUGACAGCAGGGUCCAGCAGCCAGAUACAUUUAAAAGUAUCGCCAUUUGAAAACAAUGCAUCUCAAGACAUGCCAAAUACCAAUAAAUAUCAUUGUAGCAAUGAUUAUGCAAAGAAAGUGUUGCUCAAUCUCAAUGUUCUGCGGCAAAAUAGUAGAUUCUGUGAUAUUUCAAUUGUGGCAGGGGGAAAAGUGUUGAAGGCUCAUCGAGCUGUUUUAUCAGCUAGUAGCCCAUACUUUCAAGCCAUGUUCACUGCAGGAUUAUCUGAAGAGCAGCAAGAAACCAUUGAAUUGCAUGAUGUUUCACCAAAUAUUCUACACACACUUAUUGACUUCAUUUACACAGGUGAUGUGAGCAUUGGUCAAGAAAAUGUGCAGGAAUUGAUGGCAGCUGCUGACAUGUUGCAGCUUCGAGAGGUAGUGCAAGGAUGCACAGAUUUCCUGAAAAGGGAGUUGCACACGUCUAAUGCUGUUGGCAUCUAUAGGUUUGCUGAAGGACACAGCUUUGAGGAACUGACCAGGUUUGCAGUAGAUUUUAUUCAGUGUCAUUUCCCACAAGUGUGCUGCGAAGAGGAAUUUGCUGAACUACCAAAAGAAGACCUGAUAAAGUUCUUGUCCAGUGAACUUUUAAGAGUUGACACAGAAUUCCAGGUAUUUCAAGCUGCAAUGCGCUGGAUCAUGCAUGAUGUUGUACAGCGACGAUGUUACGUGUUUGAGAUAUUGUCUAAAGUGCGCCUCCCACUACUUUCCCUGUGUCUUCUAGAUCGUGCUAUUUCAGAGUGCACUGACAGCAGCUUAGAGGUGGCAUUACGUUCUAUCCGUAAGGACCUAAUGACAAAACGAGGCAGCCUCGUACCUUUGAAUGUUCAACCACGAAUGUGUGCAAAGAAGGACAUCUAUGUGAUUGGUGGCUCAAAGCGUGAGUUAGAGGUGUCAUGGACCCGUUCUUCAGAAUGCACCUUCAACUCUGUGGCAAAAUUCAACACAUUUCUACAGCAGUGGGAACUUGCAGCUUCAAUGGGCAUCAGUCGAAUCCUUCCUGGUGUUACUACUCUGAAUGGGCAUAUUUUUGCUGUUGGAGGUGAACAGGAUUCCCAAAUACUGGCAAAUGGAGAAGUCUAUAAUCCUGCUGACAAUAGUUGGUCAAAAAUUGCGAGCAUGGUGGUGCCGCGCUGUGAGUUUGGGCUGUGUGCUCUGGAUGGUCACCUGUAUGCUCUAGGUGGCUGGGUUGGUGAAGACAUUGGUGACUCCAUUGAGCGAUAUGAUCCCAUGCAAAAUGAGUGGCAACUGGAAGGAAACCUGCCUGAAGCUCGUUUCAGCAUGGGUGUUGUAUCAUAUGAAGGUUUGAUCUACAUGGUUGGUGGUUGUACACAUCGUAGCCGCCAUGGAAGAGAGCUCUACAGCUAUAAUCCUGUAACUAAGGAAUGGGCAAAUUUGCGACCUAUGUCAGUUCCCCGCAGUCAGAUGGGUGUUGCAGUCCUGAAUGACCAUCUUUAUAUUGUAGGGGGCACUAAUAGACAUAAUGAAGUGCUGCAGUCGGUGGAAAAAUAUUCCUUCCAAGAGAACAAAUGGACUGUUGUACCACCAAUGAGGGUGGGGCGUGCUACACCAGCAGUAGCUGCAGCAGAUGGUCUUCUGUAUGUUAUUGGUGGCGACCAGCUUCAUGAAGUACAUUUUUACCGUGCCCAGUUCUCAAUAACAUCAGUUGAGUGUUAUGACCCAUUAUCAGAUACAUGGCGCAACUGCUCUCCAUUGCCAGAAAGUCGUAGUGAAGCUGGUGCUGUGGUUUUAUAGUGGCAAGCAUGCAAUUAUUGAGUAUUUCCCAGUGAGUGAAUGUGACAAGAAUUGGAACUCAUUGUUUUAUGACAGACUGGAAAAUGGUAUUCUGUUCUGCAUUUAGGCUUGGAUCUUAUUCUGAUAUGCAAACUUGUUAUUGCCUAUUCUCUUUCCACUUCUGCAUUGCUCCUGGAAUGUCUUAGAGGGCAUAGUUGGUGCUGUAGGCUACUUUUAGAGCUGUGACUCUAAGGAAUUGUGUUGAAAAGUUGGAAACAUGUACAAUUUGCAGUAUUUUCAUUUGUAAUUAUUUUAUCUGUUAAUUGUGUUUGUAUAAAAACAACGAGAAGCUAGUUUUAUGUUGGAGCAAAUUUUGAAUGUAGGUACAAUGAUCUAUGUUGUAAGAUCUGCUAAGUAACUUCAAUUGGUGAAGUAUUACCUUGCUUUUCUUAUUGAAAUUUGCUGUAAAUAUUCCAACACUAAUAACCACUGGCACACAAAAUUUUAUAUAUUUUUGGAAAGUGAAUAACAUUUGUUGUAAAUUUACACUUUCAUACUUCAUGUUCCCAUGAAUGGAUGACCUUUGGAAAGUUGAGAGCAAGUGUGUAUUAACACCAUAACAUUUUUUUUUUAUUUGAUCUCACUGAAAAGUUUGAUAACAUUGUUACAAACAUCACUGUAUUAUCUUGUUUCUUUGGAUUAAUUAUUACAUGGAUUUUAAAUAUUUGUUUAUAUUAAGUAAUAUUUUCUACUGUUUAUUUCUUGUGUGUGUUCAUUCAUUUAUGUGUAAGAAGUCAAUGGUAGAAAAAGUCCUAUUUUGUGAAUGCAGUUACACUGUAAUGUUCACAGUUUCACUGAAGUACCUUUAUAUGAUCUAUGCAUGUCUGUAAAAAUAAAAUAUUUGAUGUCACCCUG